UUGUUAAAUUCACUACGUUCCGUGCGUAACAAGAAAAUGAUCUCCUCAUCUUAAAAUUUCAGUUUACAACAAUUAUUGGAAUCACUUGACGGAUUAUUUCACUCAAUUGAUGAAGAACUUGUAUACAAAAGGAAAGGAGAUUGGUGAAUAGCUUUUUAAUCAGCCCGUUAGUGUAUGUAUGAGCUUCCAAAUUUGCACUGUCUGUGUAAGCGGCCAGCGUUUUGACUUCGAAGCUAGUUCAUCAGUUCAUUGGACAUUCAUUGGACUUGCAAAAAGGUUUGGAACUUUAGAUGUUGUAAAAUGUCAACUGUUACCAUAAAGAAACGGAGAAUCACUAGCAAAACAGAUGGGGAGACUUUCAAGAUGUCGCCACCGAAGGAGCUCAAGAAGUUGAAGCGAUCGCAAGAUUCUAACUCGUUAUCACAGGAUCUUUCUGGUGUGUAUAGCGAGGAGAAAGAAGUAGAGAAACGAGAUGCACAGAAGGACUUGGAACUCCACCGCAGUGAGUGUACCAGCCUACGUCAGAUCAUGGAUGACAUCCAAGCAGCCAAAGCUGGAAAUACUGAGAACAAGGAAUCUUUCAUUGCCAAGAAGCGCAUGGCAGCAUCCUUGCAUUUUGUGUCACUGAAAAAGCUAAACCGCCUCUCGCAUCUGCGCUGCAAGGGCGCCCGGGAGAAGACGAUGUUGGGCAAGCAGCGAGUAGACAGCUUGCACCUACAGCUGCAGAAUCUACUGUACGAAGUCAUGCACCUACAGAAGGAGAUCAAGAAGUGUCGGGAAUUCAAAUCUAAAGAUGAAGACAUCGAACUCGUUGACCUGGAAACCUUCUACAGUGAGGCCCCGAUGGAGAUCACAAACCCCAAAUCCACCAAGAAAAAUCUGCAUAAGCAACGACUAGCUAGGCUGGACUGGGAACUCGAGCAGCGUAAGAGGCUUGCUGAGAAGUACAAGGAGUGCCAGAGCAAUACGGACAUCCUGGCUAAGGAGAUCAAUUCUAAGGAGGAGUACCUGGACAGUCUGCAACCGCAGCUAGCUAGCAUCUUAAAGGCUACAAUCCCUGUACAAGAGUACCUGUCAAUGCCGAUACAUGAGAUCAAAGCUCAACACCAGACCGCCAAGCUUCUACCACGACCACUCUACAUCUUGUUCGUACAAGCCAGCGCUUAUCAGGAAGCAAGAGAUUCCUCGAUGUCGUUGAAGAUUGCCGGAGAUCAAGACGCUGUAACGUCUGCCGGGUCAAUCUCACCAGUUCUUGAGGAAGACAGUGAUUCGGAUAAUGAGGAGACCCUCACUCAAUCGAAGCGAAGGAGGAAAACCAUCGGCAACAAAAUGGAGGAGAGACGGGAAAAGCUGUUGAGUAAACAUCCACUGCAGGUCAUCAUGACCCUGAAGUGCAAAGAUGGCUCUGUAUUGACCUUAACUUUCUCCUACUUGAUGUCACUCCACGUCGUGACCGUAGGAGUGGAGUUAAAAUUGUCGCCCUCGGCCCAGACGUCGGCUUGUGCUAGUGAUCUUCUAUCUCCAAGUCAUCUGCUGAGCUGUCUAUACCCAGAUGACACUGGUAUGGAGUCACCCAACACAACCAAUGCAUACCAGUUCAGCAAACUUGGCAUGGAUGCUAUGAGUGCCUACAUCAAGAAAACUGGCUACCCGUACCGUUGGGCCCAGUGGCUCUCUGGACUGGACUUCCUACCCCAGGACUGUCAGGAGCCCAAUGCAAAGACCUCCAUCAGCACCAGUCACAUGGAGUCCACACUGAAAGCACUGAGGUCUCGUACACGAGCUAGACUGGCUCUGACCAGGCAGCUGGCAUCUCUCGAGCGUAACACAGUACCCAUACAAGCCCAGUCCAUGAAUCUGUUCCCGGCCAAGGUGGCCUCUAGACUGUCCUCAUGGAAGACCAUCACAAUGGAAGAGUACAAGGCAUUGUCUUUUGUAAUUGGAUCACCUGCUUUGGACCUUGUGGAGCAGUAUCAGUAUUUCUUUCUAGCAACGUGUACAAGAGGAUCUGCCACCCUCAGUGCUGCCGUCUUGUUGAAUGUCGACUACCCACGUUGCCCACCACACAUCGUCGUUGGGGUAUCCCAGACUGGUGACCACAACAGCAGUAAUGACAAUAACAUCAGGGACAUGGAGGCAGAGGUAAACCUCUACUAUGAUGAGCUCUUUACAGCCAAGUCACAUGACUAUCUGCUGUCCAAUCAGCUUCAGCGUCUACUCAUGUGCUUUGACGUGUUCCUCGAGACGAAGGGUGAAGGGGAGGGGGCGGAGGGACCAUCAGAGUUCGCUCGAGAGAAGAUGUUCAUCCGACUGGCCAGGGGCCGUGGACGUUCCAAACCAUACAAGUACAGUGCUCAGUAUCGUUACUUCACUCAGCGCUAGUUCUACCCCUCAUUACAUUAGAUAUGGUUGUUGUGGACCCUUGAAUCUACAUGUAACGCUCCAAUAGCAACCCAAUAUCCUAACCUGUGGAUGCUGAUGACACUGUGCCCCUAAGCAUGAUUGGCAUAGCUAUAUGACUAGUUACUUUAAAAAAUAAAAACUGGUGUUCAAAAUUUGGUUAAUUUAGGGGGUUUAAAUAUGCAGAGUUCCACUCCAAUUUAUUUACCGUUUAAGAAUAAAUGUUUAUGACUGCAUUAGGAAACAAGGUAAAGUCAGGAUUUGGUAAAAAAAUGUCAAAAUUUGCUGAAAAUUAAAACACUGGGUGUCAAAAUUGUUAACUUACAAUACAUUUACAUGUAAAUGACAGAUACAGGGUGUCUAAAAAGACACCCAGACAUACCUCUGGCUAACACUAUGUUAAGAAAGUGUUUUCAAAACAACAAACAAUUAGACUCACUGUAUGGGAACUUGAACAUUUUUAUAAUUUAAAGUUAGCAAGUAAGGUCAAACAAAAAAAGUGUUUUUGUUUCUUGUAACAUGCUGGGGGAAAUGAGGUUUGGUAGGUCGGGAAAACAAUUUAUUUUAAGAAACACAUUUACAUGUUCACAAGGAAAACAAAAGUAGAACACAGUAUGGGGAUAUGUAGGGGUUCUUAUUUUAAAAGCAAUCAGAUUUGAUGAAAGCUUUUAGUAAAUUCUUUCAAUUCUGUAGGGAUACAGUGUAGUAGUGAAAUAUGCAGUUGGUAAAGAAACUUAAAAAGUUUAUUAAACAAAUGUUUUCGGACAGCAGGUUUGAAAUGGCUGUAACAGUUACAGGAAACAAUUUGUGGGAACCAGCCCGGAGCAAAUUUGCAGUACAACACACAAAAACCCCAGUACCUUGUGUAUGUAUGUUAAAUUAGUUGUUGAAUAAAUUUCCAUUCAUUUUUAUCACCCUGAA